CUGUUCAAGUUUUUUUAUUCACUCGUUGCCACGUGGUAGAUAUUCUGUAUCACUGUCGUCUGCCACAGGUGCUAGACUUACAGAAGGUGAGUAUUUACCUGAGGUCAGUUUACUUCUGCAAGUGCCGUCUGGAAGAUGUGUCAGCCAUUCCAACAGCCUUGAAGAUGAAAGCCCUGAUACUUUUCGGCCUGAUUGGCCUAGCACUGACUCAGAGUAUCCCCAACAGUAGGCAAACAGAUGACUGUCAACGUGUGGUAGACAUCGCCAUCAUCGGCGCGGGGGCAUCAGGGGCAUAUGCCGCCUACAGACUCAAAGACAGCCAGCAGGUCAUUGAACUGGUGGAGAUGUCCGAACAGGUGGGAGGCCGGCACUUGACCACGGCAUUCCCAGACUCACCUGACAUCCCCAUAGAACUGGGCAGGACCGUGUACGCUGCUCACCAUUCCAGGGUCGUUCGUCUCCUGCAAGAACUGGGACUUGGCCAACUGCCGAUAGCCUCAGGACGGCCGAUAGAGAUGAAGAGCAGCUACUACCUCAGGGGUCAGUUUUUCCAAGAGGAGGACAUCCAGAGGGGGGUCAGGCUGCCCUACAACAUGACCCAGGAGGAGAGGGACAACCAGGGACAAAUCAACAGGCACUACCUAAAGAAACUGACAGACUGGGACCAAGAUGUACUACCCAGAGAACAAAUCCUUCUUCUGAAGGUCAAGGAUGGUCGUUACCUUUAUGAGCUUACCAUCGACGAGGCCUUGAGCUACGUGGCGAGUGACGAGGGUCGUGAGUACUUCCUGGACUACGUCAAGACCAGGUACGCCGUCUACAGAGACUCUAGCGCUGUCCUCAUCUUCGCCAACGAGCUGGAAUACAACAACGAAUCAACCUCCUUCUACAAGGUGAAGGACGGCAUGCAGUCCAUCCCUAAGACAGCGGUCAAACUUUUCUUGGCAGCCAGUGAAAUGAACAAGCUGACCUUCAACAGAAAACUUGAAGCCAUCCAGCGACUGUCUAACAUGACGUACCUGCUCAAACUGAAGGAGACCAAAACAGUCGAUGGUCGAAUUCGGGAGACGGGUCUAGAAGAGUUCCUGUGUGCCAAACAGGUCAUCCUCACCCUGCCAAAAGACUCGAUGGAUCACCUGCAGUGGUCAGAGCUCAAAACCGACAGAGUGACCGAGGCGCUGGACGCAGUCCGCACGGUGCCGGCCGCCGUCGUUGCCAUGGAGUUCGACAAGCCGUUCUGGAAGGAGGGGGACGAUGAGGUUGCCAGGUUCACCGACCUUGACAUCACCAUGUCCUACGUCAUGGGCAGGUCCGAAAUCUCCGGCAAGUACAUCGUGGUGACCAGCGCAGCAGACGGCGAUGACGUCAGAGACCUGGAGCGGCUGAACGUGGGGGAGGAGGACGGCAGGCGCGGGAUGAACAUCUCCCGCGCGCUCUCUCAGCACAUCCUCCAGCAGAUCAAGCUGGUCUACGGGGUCAAGGACGAAUCCCUGCUGCAGCCCACAUCGGCCCUUGGGAAAAUCUGGACGCUCCCGCCCCACACCGGGGGCACCACGACCUGGAGGGCGCGCCGGAACUUUGAUGACGUCAUCGCCGUAGUCCAGCGCCCGUCCCUGGUGGACAAGGUGUACGUGGCCAACAGCGACUUCGCGUUCGGCAACCUGGUCUGGACGACGGAGGGGGCGCUGGAGGUGGUGGACACCGUCCUGCACAAGUACCUGGGCGUGGUCAAACCGUAGUUGCCAUAGCAACUGGGCUGUGGUGAGGACAUGGGGCCAUGCCCGACCCACAUAGGCGCCUGGAGUACCAGGUUGUCUAAAAGUUGUAUCAAUCAGAUAUAUGCUUCACAUUAAAAAUUACGAAACAUA